GCCGAGGGAGGGAAAAGCAAACCUGUGGCCACACCCACAUAUACGUACGACAGACGACCAUGUCGAAGACUUGAAGGAUGGAGACCGAUGCCGCAAUCGCAGGAGUGAUAUCGCACCUAACUAUGCCGUACUACCUAACUAGUAGUGAGCAAUGGAGGAGCGGUCGAUGUGCGCCAUAUUAGCUUUGCCUGCGCUGCUGAGUUGCUGCACACAUCCGUGUGUGUUAGUGAGAAAUGCUCCUGCGUCGCGCGGACAGUGUGGGCCAGCGUGGGGAGUGAGGAGCGUUGGCCGGUCCUGAAUAUUGGACGGGGUUUAUUACCCCCGCGAGCCGUCCCCCCGGUGAGCUUCACCGAGCGGUUCACCGGUACACUCCAGCCAGACGCCCACAGAAACUACCCCCACCGCGGACAUGCUCCCUUCAAACGCAUCUUCGGAUGCCUGCGUGAUCAGCAGCAAUGCGGACGUUGCCGGAGUAGGCGUCCGCAUCUCCGUCUACUGCCCCACAGGCAUCACGAUCCUCUGCGACGCGGUGGACGCAACGGAUCUGCACGCAUCGUUCGCGCGGUCACUGGGGCUAACAGGGCUCGCGAUCCUCUCCACGGCAGUUGUGCAGACAUGGCAGCGGCGGCUAUCUCUGUUCCACUCGCUCAUUUUGGUGCACUACCUCGCACUAAUCAUCCCUCCGUUCUUCUGCAGCUGCGUGUGGCAGCCGGUAUCGCGGCAUGUGCGGUACUGGUACGUGGCGUUCACGUUCACAGCCGAGGCGUGGAUGGUCUACGUCUCUGCCGAGAAAUACGCGUACGCCCACGACUGCGACGUCGCCAUGGUCAUACAAGCCUCCACGGGCGGGACGCUGAAGAAAGACGUGGGACCGACGUUCGCCGUGGCCUUGCUCGCUGCGACGGUGCUCCAGCUUUCCGCCAUGCUGGGGUUCGAUCUCGGUAUGCAUAUGAUAGGCUAUGUGGAGGCGGAGAUUCCACCGGCGGCGCAGCGUGUCAAGUCGCAGUGGAUGCGCGUGGGCGCGUUGGUGAUGGCGGCGGCGGAGUGGGUGGCCUUCGUGGUGUUCACCGAGGAGUUGCUUGUGACUAAUAGGCUUGAGGGGAAGGAGGGGGAAUGGUCGUAUGGACAGAUGCUGUCCGUGUCCAUGUUGCUGGUUCCCGUGCAGGACUGUCUGUGUAUUCUGAUUGUGCGCCGGCAGCAGCAGCAGCAGCUGUGGGGGUUCUAGCCAAUACAAUUGCUCUUCAUGGUCUGGCGAGAUCUGAUUUUUUGUGUGUUAGAUCGAACCCGUAUCUAGUGUAUGUAAGACUGUCUGGG